AUGGGUGAGAGACAAUGGGAGUGUAAGGAGAGGGUGGGUGAGAGACAAUGGGAGUGUAAGGAGAGGGUGGGUGAGAGACAAUGGGAGUGUAAGGAGAGGGUGGGUGAGAGACAAUGGGAGUGUAAGGAGAGGGUGGGUGAGAGACAAUGGGAGUGUAAGGAGAGGGUGGGUGAGAGACAAUGGGAGUGUAAGGAGAGGGUGGGUGAGAGACAAUGGGAGUGUAAGGAGAGGGUGGGUGAGAGACAAUGGGAGUGUAAGGAGAGGGUGGGUGAGAGACAAUGGGAGUGUAAGGAGAGGGUGGGUGAGAGACAAUGGGAGUGUAAGGAGAGGGUGGGUGAGAGACAAUGGGAGUGUAAGGAGAGGGUGGGUGAGAGACAAUGGGAGUGUAAGGAGAGGGUGGGUGAGAGACAAUGGGAGUGUAAGGAGAGGGUGGGUGAGAGACAAUGGGAGUGUAAGGAGAGGGUGGGUGAGAGACAAUGGGAGUGUAAGGAGAGGGUGGGUGAGAGACAAUGGGAGUGUAAGGAGAGGGUGGGUGGGUGA